AUGGCCUCGAGGUUUUUCCGUCAAUUCUGGAAUAAAGAAUUCAGGACUUAUUUAUGCAGUACCCAUUUUUGGGGUCCUGUCGCAAAUUGGGGUCUUCCUCUAGCAGCUUUAGCCGAUCUCAAAAAGAAUCCUGAGAUGAUUAGUGGAAAAAUGACAUUCGCACUUCUAUGUUACUCUGCUCUCUUUAUGCGAUUCGCUAUCCGUGUUGAGCCGAGAAAUCUUCUCCUUUUUGCUUGUCAUUUUACAAAUGAGACAGCUCAGGCUGUCCAAGGGAUACGAUUUAUUGACUUCUGGCAUAUUAAAUCUGAGGAUCAGAGAAACGAAAUCCGCAAGACUUUUGCAGAGCCAUUUCCCCAAGUUCUCUCCUAA